CGUGCAUCCGUAAGGACGCAGAAAACGGGCUGCUCCGGGUUUGGUUUGCAUUUUGUGUACCGUUUGGUGUGUGUAAAUAACUGGCUGAGGCACAGUAGUAAACUAGCAACAACAAAAAUAACUAGUUUUAUAUAAUCUCGAUAUACUCCUGGUGCAUAUGGAAAUGGUUAAAUCACCUCGGAAGAGACUGUAAAAAUCUCCGGUAGAUUUGUACCACCGCGAAUGCGUUGUCCGUUUGACUUAUUGACAAAAUACAAUUGAGUUCGAUUUCGGUUUCGCGUGUCCACAAACGUUUGGAUAGCUGCAAGAUUGUGCUGGUGCGACGAAGCUAGGGUACAACCGGUGUGGACGCGGUGUGAAAGUGUUUUUAAUUGCGGAGCGAACAGGGCUCUGCAGAGGUUUUAUUCAUAUACAUAGAGGCAACAUUUGCCUUUCUGGCGAUAGACAGCUGUGAAUUUUUACUGGUGAACGAGCAAUGAGUACGAUCAAUAAUAGUCGACAUCAGAAGCUGGAACAGCAACGCCAACUGAUGGAGGCCUAUAUCAGACAGAAACGAGCAACGCCUGGGAUGGUACAGGCAAGUGACUUACAGUUAGUGCGACCGAUGUCGGCAGUGAAUAGAAACGGACGGGAAGUGCAUGCCUACGAUGGCCCGAUGCAGUUCAUGAUGUCUCCCAGCAAUCCGGACCAGAUUAUCAGCUCAUCGCCGGUGCCGGUGGCUGUGACCAAUAUCAGUGCCACCACGACCGGAAGUACAUCCAUCACGACGACACCGACCUCGCCGUACAGCGACGCAGCUCUGGAAAAGCUGACUCCCUCGUCGCAGGACAGCGAGGACGAGGAAAGCACCCCGGUGGACAUACUGCCGUCGCAGAAUAGCUUCGACCGGCACACCGACCAUCUGGCCCACUCGGCACCAAUCUCACCUGCCUUGAACAACAACAGCCAUCACAGCGGUAGUAAUAGUAACCUUAAAAAUAUCGAACAUUCCUCACCUCAAGCGGGCAGCGGUCAAAACGACACCGAAGGCGAUGUCAACGGACCGAUGGAACAGUGGGUGACCCAGCCGGCACCUCAGGGAGUACUGUACAAGUGUCGAAUCACGCGGGAUCGGAAAGGUAUGGACCGGGGGUUGUUCCCGAUCUAUUACCUCCAUCUCGAGCGCGAUUAUGGAAAAAAGUUGUUCUGUUUAGCGGGGAGAAAACGUAAAAAGAGUAAAACAUCAAACUACAUCGUCAGCUGUGAUCCGACUGAUUUAUCACGUCAGGCAGAUGGUUUCGUGGGGAAACUUCGCUCGAAUGUGUUCGGCACGACGUUUUUCGUUUACGAUAACGGUAAAAAGGAGGAUCUGGCCAAUCCUCGGUUGGAUCUGGCCGUAGUGAUAUAUGACACCAACAUUCUAGGAUUCAAAGGACCUCGCAAUAUGACAGUUCUCCUGCCAGGUAUGACCGAAGACGACCAAAGAGUGAAGAUUAGUUCAGCAGAUAAUAACCACGGAUUGCUCGACAGUUGGAAGUCAAAGAACAUGGACAACGUCGUGGAACUGCACAACAAGACACCAAUCUGGAACGACGAAACGCAAUCGUACGUGCUCAAUUUUCACGGUCGCGUAACGCAAGCUUCGGUGAAAAAUUUUCAGCUCGUGCACGACUCCGAUCCGGAGUAUAUCGUGAUGCAGUUCGGUCGAACGUCGGACGACGUCUUCACGAUGGACUUUCGUUAUCCGCUGUGCGCGUUUCAGGCUUUUGCGAUCGCACUGAGUAGCUUCGAUGGGAAGCUGGCGUGCGAGUAAAGCAGCUGGCACAGCAAUUGUUAUUUAGGAAGUAACAACAGAAAUAAAACACCAUACACAUACAACCAUACUAUUGGGAUGUGUGUUAACGCGGGGAAUUGAUGCAACCGACUUUAAUAUUCCGGGUUAAACUGACUUUGCUCGAUCGUGUUAUUGAAAGUGUACAAGUAUGAUUUGAAGUGAAACAUUUCAGGUAAAUUUAGUUGGAGAAAAACAAUUAGCAAGAUAGAAACAACACAUAGUAAACAAGCCAGAGAUUAGAUGUGAGGAUAAUGUUAAGAUUUAAACUCGAUGAAUACAGCUACAAACUAAGAAGAAAAAAAAAGAUUUCUACAAGUACUUUCAGCGAAAUGGCACGCUUAAGAAUUAUAAAGUGCAACUUAGUGAUAGAGGGCGUAAGAAACUAAAAAGAGCUUUUGUGUAGGGCCGCGAUAAAUAGUAUUUCUUUGAGUUUUUUUUAAAGAUUUUAUUUCAACUUGAAAUAAACUAGUAGAAAAGGCAUGCUAAUUCACGAUUUGUGAUAAGCAGGGAAAUCGAAAAAACCGACCGAAAGAUCUCGGAGUUGAAUUCACAUCAAGGUACGAUAGAAGUGGUAAUAGUUUUAAAUUUUUAUUUCUCGCUCGUACUCCAUAACAGUUCACCUUAAACUGCUAGGCAGACGCAAAACACAACUUUAUUUAACUGUCACUUGUAAGAAUGUCUAUUCUGACGUUAAGAACGAAGAAAAUAAGUGGCUAAUAGUUUCCCGUGUUUUAUAUCAGCGGUUUUUUUUAAAUCAAUAAAUCAAUAAUUUGAUUAACAAGCCUCCGGUUUGUCCAGCGUCUGGUGCAUCAUCAACCUCUAAACAACAUUUGUUGAACCAGAUGUUAAUUGUCAUCUACAUGUUGGAGCGUUAAUCUAGAACACGAAAGUUAUCUAUUGUAAAAAUCCGGUAGGACUCUAAUCAGUUCAAUAAAACUGGAAAACAAAGCCCAUUAUCAACUCCGGCAACGGUGUGCUGUGUGACGAGAGAGUCAAUUGUCUCGAUGAAUUCAUAUUGCUAACUAAUCUUCUAUGGAUUUUAUUAUUUUGGAAACGAUCCUUAACUAGAUCAAAUAUUUGUUCUGAGAAACUUGGUUUUUUUCUUCCUCCUGAUAUGCUCCUCUACGAGUGAAAUAUCGAGAGAAUUUUAGGUUUGACAUACCGGCUCUCAGACACUCAACACAUGGUGAUUUGUAGAGCCUGGUUGGCAGCUGUGACUGGCUUGUAAGCUCCUAUAGCGAACCUUGGUAACUUUCCAUAGGAUAUUUGAAACUUUCAGAUCCCAUUUAAACUCCUGCAAUUAUUCAGUCAUCGAUACGGAAAUACACAUUCACUUAGGAGCUCCUAUUUUUGUGGUCUUUUACGACAAGAAAAAGGAAACUUAUGGAUCAGUACUUUUUAUUCAAUAAUAUAGUAUAAUUUUUAGGCACACUGCUUAAGCUCUAAGAUACCAAGGGUAUUUUUUAUCUUAAUUAACCACUAACUUAAACUAGAAAAAUAUCAAUAGGUAAUUGCGUCAGAUGGCGUUGGAGAAUAUCUAUGUUGGCCGCAUCCUUCGGUCCGUGUGGGUCCGCGGGAAACACCCCCAGGCUACGAAGGCCCGGCGGGUGGCCCGCAUGUUGGUCAUCGACUGAGGCGGCUUUCCGUGGGCGAUGAUGGUGAUAAUGUCAAAGAGAAUGAAAGAAAUAUAAGAAGUAAAUUUUGUGGAAAACAGAAUAAAAAAGGGGGUAUGGGAACGAAUCGACUAAGAACUACAAAAAAUCUAGUUAGUUGACACCGAGAUGAUGAAGAGAGAGGGAAGGGGGAACGAAAAAGUUAGUGAUAAAAAGAAGAUCUUGUUGGUUCCAAUGAAGAUGGUGGACAGGGACGGGGAUCGAGAGAAUCGGGCGGAUGUUAGUGUCGAACCUGUAGGUUGAGAUUAUACUUUCUGAGCAAGAUAUAACAAAUUACACUUGUAUGUUAAUGUCUUUAAGGUACUGGUAUAUGAGAAGCAUAUAUAAACUAUCCCGACUCACCAACACAUCCCGAACCGGAUCCUUAGGCGGUCUACCUCGGGCCCUAAGGGAUUCCAGUAGCUUCGACCUGACGUCACGUAACUCUACGCACGACCACACGACAUGCUCGAUGUCCUGAUAACCGUCGCCACAGGUGCAGAGACCGCUUUCCGCGAUCUCAACACGCCGGAGAUGUGCGUUGAAAGUGUAGUGAUCUGACAUGAACGGCGACAUAACACGAAUGAAAUCGCGACUCACGUUCAUCCCCCUGAACCAAGGUUUCGUCGAUACUCUAGGGAUAAUGGAAUGUAGCCAUCGUCCCAGGUCACCAUUGCUCCAUGAAGUUUGCCAACUUUCGAGAGUUUUCUGACGAGAGAUACUAAAAAGUUCAUUGAAGCAGAUUGGUCUUUCAUGAGUCUGCCUUUUCAUUUCCCGGAAUGGAACAAUGCGAAGGGACCCAGACUAACGAUAUUGAAUAAGAUCGUUCAGAUAAAGUUCUUAAAUGUUCCCGUAUUUUCCGCAGGAAAUAUGGGGAAUACUUUCCUGAUUUCAUUGCCCGGAGAGCUUCUAUUGAACUUAGACUGUCCGUGACAAUGAAGUAAUGGUCUUUGGGCAAGGUUUCCAUAAUCUCGAGGGUGUACUGAAUAGCAGCUCAUUCUGCGACGUAAACUGAAGCCGGAGUUUGUACGAAGCGGUGAUGUUCUGAUUGAAUAUGCCGAAGCCUGUAGACUCGUUGAUGUUUGAUCCGUCAGUGUAAAACACAUUUUCACAGUUGACUGUUCUAAAUUUAUUAUAAAAGAUAUUAGGGGUCACUUGAGGGCGUACGUGAUCCGGAAGUCCACGAAUCUCUUCUCUCAUGGAUGUAUCGAAAAACACAGUAGAAUAAGAAGUAUCCGAAAAAUUAACACGGUUUGAAAGAAACGAAGAAGGAUUAAUAUUCUGAGCCAUGUAAUCAAAAUACAAGGACAUAAAACAGGUCUGGGAAUUGAGCUCGACAAGCCUUUAGAAGUUUUCAAUCACCAUCGGAUUCAAGAUUCGCAUCGGACUAGCAAUCGAUAUGAAAGAUCCCAGAAUCGAUUUUUCAAUGAUAAGACGCCCGCGUGCACUUCGAGACUCAUCGUAUGAGUCGACUGCAUGCAACCUAAGGCAAUACGCAAACAACGAUACUGAUUUCUUUCCAGUUUAAAAAAUGGGUGUUCGCGGCGGAUCGGAAGCAGAAGCAUCCAUAUUGCAUUACGGACAAUAUCGUUGUUUGGUACAUCCUGAUCAGGUCUCUUGUGUGGGCACCCCACCAAGUUCCGGUUAUUGUGUGAAGUAAAUUGUUUCUCUGCUGGCAUUUUUGUUUCAGAUACCUAAUGUGACAUCCCCAGGUGCCUUUGGAGUCGAACCAGACCCCGAGAUAUUUAAAUGUGAAGACCUGAGCUAUGGUUCCACCCCCUAGUUGAAGCUGUAAUUGUGUAAUUUUGCUGGUUCUCGCUUCCUUGAAAAUACAACCAGCUCAGUUUUCUCCGUAGAGAACUCGAUAUCCAUUUGAAGAGCCCAUGUCGACAAGUUGUUGAGGGUAUCCUGCAAUGGUCCUUGGAGAUCGGAAGCUUUGGGUCCUAUAAUAGACACAACGCUAUCGUCGGCAAGUUGUCUUAGCGUGCAAGAUGUGUUGAUACAUUCAUCAAUGUUGUUUACGUAAAAGUUGUUUAAAAGGGGGCUUAAGCAUGAGCCCUGAGGAAGACCCAUGUAACUGAAUCAUAUUGUCGACAAAUCACCAUGCGCGAAAUACAUGUAUUUCUCGGACAAUAGAUUAUACAAAAAGUUAUUCAAAAUUGGUAAAGGACCAUGCUGAUGCAACUUCUCAGAUGGGAUGUUUAUGGAAACUGAGUCAAAAGCCUCCUUGAUGUCUAGGGAAACUGACGUCAUUUGUUAUUUACGAGCAAAUGUCAUUUGAAUUUGAGUUGAGAGCAACGCAAGACAAUCGUUCGUUCCUUUACCUCUGCGGAAUCCGAAUUGUGUAUCUGAAAGUAAGCCAUUAGUAUCGAUCCAAUUGUCUAGACGAAACAGAAUCAUUUUUUGAACAAUUUCCGGAUACAUGAAAGCAUAGCAAUCGGCCGAUACGAAUUGUGAUCGGAGGCUGGUUUCCCUGGUUUUUGAAUGGCGAUAACUCUUACUUGUCUCCAGUCAUGUGGGACAAUAUUAUCCUCAAGAAGCUUAUUAAAUAAAUUCAAUAAUCGUCUUUUGGCAGAGUCAGGCAAAUUUUUCAACAAGUUAAAUUUGAUUCUGUCUAACCCUUUUAUUGUUAAACGUCGGUGCGGGAAGGAGCUCAAUGCAGAGCUAAUAAAAGUCAUAUUCAUUGACUGAAAAAUAGACGAAAAUAACAAGAAAUUACUGUCACUCUCAGCUUUGCUUGCAAACUAUGAGAGCGAAAUCCAUGUCCAGUCAAUGACAUAAGCGGGACAGUAGUUUCAAAUUUGUGUUUUUUCUUUCAUUUGCCCUUUCAGUCAUUUGCACUUUUCAGUGAAAAACCCAUAGUAUGCAAUGUCGAUAUUCAACCAAAGCUGUGAGAAUUGAAAACGACAGAAAAAGGUUUCACAAUAAGUUUUAACUCUUGGUGCUCGAGUUUGUAGUAGUUUUGGCUUCGAAAGAAAUUCUGGGAUGUAAUUACUUCGAUUUGCCAUAUUUUAGUCACUUUUUAUAGCCAAGCGUCACAUAUUGUCAAUACAUCGAUGAAAGAAUGAGAAUUGAAAUUCUGCUGUUGCUACCUGAAGACGUUAGUUUGGUUUCGUCUUGUCACAUAGGAAAGAGUGACGUUGGCAAUUGUGCUCUCUCAUUUUUUCGAUGAGAAACGAAAAUGCUUCGUCUCUCUUCGUUUGUUUUGGUGUCGGUCAUUUACGAAUGAGACAAUAAAACAUUGAAAAUGAGACUGUUGGAAUGGUUUCUUUCAUAGAGAACGCGUGACAAUUUUAAGCUCUGGCUCAAUGAUAUCACUGAGCCGCUGAUGCCCAACCGAGGCUCUUGGGGGAAUGUAGAUGGAAGCAAUGCAAAGGUCCUUGCCUUUGAUUGUAACAUAACAUGGGGGGU